UGGUGUCAUGCUUUCGCCAUUCUUGCUAAGAGAAGCCUGAAGGAAGUAAGCGCUAGGUCUCUACGGAAACAAAGCUAUCUGUUGUAUUAUUCUCAGUUUUCUCUCUGCCAUGAUUAUAGGAUUAGCAGGUUUGCGUGCCUCGUCCGCGCUCCAUGCGCGGGUCUCUGCAUCCUUCGUUAGGUUAGCGAGCACUACCUCCAGGGACAAGUUCAAAGUUGUCGUCGUUGGCGGGGGCUCGGGAGGACUGGCGGUGGCGAAUCAAAUUUACAACAGGUUCAAGCGUGCGGGGAAGUCACUCAAUCCCGGUGACAUCGCUGUUUUGGAUGCUGCGGAGUACCAUUAUUACCAGGUAUUUGGAGCAGGGCUUCGACCGAAGUCUGACUUCCGACGACCCCUCGCUUCUCUUUUCCCUUCUUACAUCUCACAUAUUCCCGAAAACGCAGCGACGUUUUCUCCUACAACCUCUUCGGUCACGACAUCAUCUGGCAGCAAAAUUGAAUAUGAAUCCUUGGUCGUAGCCGCUGGAAUAAAGAUCAACUGGAAUACGAUUACCGGUUUAUCACAGGCGCUGGCUGAUCCUAGGUCCGGCGUCUCGUCCAUAUACUCGUAUGAUACUUGCGAUAAAGUCUGGAGAGACAUCAACGACCUCCAGUCAGGAAACGCGAUUUUCACGCAACCUGCUGGUAUCAUCAAAUGUGCUGGAGCCCCCCAGAAAAUCAUGUGGAUGGCUUGGGACCAUUUCCAGAAAGCAGGCCGGGGGUAUGACACUAAUGUAAAGAAAUAUUCGGAUGCAUUAAAUGCGCUACGCAUUGAGCGUGGGAUUGGCGCCGAUUUCCAGCACAACCUUGUUUCUAUCAAUGCUGGUAACCGGAGAGCAACGUUUAAGAGGCCAGACGGGACAACGGUCGAUCGUGAAUACACGAUCCUCCACGUCACUCCGCCGAUGGGGCCUCUUGAUUUCAUCAAGGCAUCUCCGAUUGCUGAUGCGACGGGAUGGGUGGAAGUGGAUAGUUCGACUCUCCGUCACGUCAAAUUUGGCAAUGUCUUUUCCCUGGGAGAUUGUUCAUCGCUGCCCACCAGCAAGACAGCCGCAGCUAUAACGUCGCAGGCGCCCGUUCUCACGGAAAACCUGUUUUCGCUCAUGACUGUAGGCAGUCUUAGCAAUGCUAGAUAUGACGGCUACACGAGCUGUCCGCUUCUUACAGGAUACGGGGAGUUGAUGCUCGCUGAGUUCAAGUAUGGGUUAGAACCAAAAGAGAGCUUUGCCAGGUAUCUUGGUGACCAGACUGCGCGUAGACGGGUAUCAAAUGAUAAUUUCGUCCAGGAUCUCUUUCCGUGGGCCUAUUGGAAUCGCAUGAUUAAGGGGACCUGGUUUGGGCCAUCGGGGCCCUUCAGACCGCAGUUCGAUUAAAAUGGACUGGAGGCUUGGAUUGCCAUAUCCAGAUUUACUAGCGAGCGCGAAUUUGUAUCAUAUCGUGGAAAGAGACAUUCGCUUUCAGACCAGUGACAUUGAUGAGAAGUGUCCAUAAGUUCAGUAUCGUGAACACCAAUUUACAGUGC